UUAAAUAAAGCUCUGGAAUCUUACCCAAACUCAAAAUAAACGAAAUAAUUUAAUCAUCUUUGUGACACAGCUAUACUUUCAAUGCAACACUAAAAAAGUGUAUUAACAAAUUAUACAAAGAGUUAAAGUAUGAGGUUUUUUAUUAAAUUUUUGAACAAUUUCAGUGUUGUUGAAUUGUUGGAGAUGUUUGCUGAGGGUGCAUUUAAAUCUACAGACGAAAUUAAGAUGGUGGAUUAUACUAUUAAUUAUAAAAUUGUUUUUGACAAUGAGUAUGUCGAAGAUAAUAAUUUGAAAAUUUAUGAACAUCUACAGAGAGUUGUUGAGUUAGUGAGGAAAAACUACAGUGAUGUAGAUAGAGGUAGAGAACUAGAAACAAAAUUUCGAUGUUUCUCCACCGAUAUUUUUGAUUUUAAUUAUUUUAUUAAAUGUGGGGAAAAUGAAAGGGAAGUGAAGCAAUUAAAUAUUAUAGAACGGAGAAUCAUUUUUACUUUUAAACGCAAACAUGAAAGCAUGACAGUCUUAAGAUGGUUGAAAAAUGCACUCGGUGAAUUAAUUACAUAUGCACUCAAGGAAUUUGAAGAAAGUGACCGUGUUGGUAUAGUGAUAAAACACGAAUCACAACGAGACCGCAAAGCAACCUUUCCGAUUCAUCUCAAAACGGAGCUGGAAGCUGCAAUUAUCUUAGACACUCUCACCAAUGUUAUCAAAAUCAACGGAUGUUUCGCCGCCGAAGAGAGAAUGACAUUGCAGGUGGUUAGGAUUAAACCACCCGGCCCUUCGAAACAAAUAAGACCAGAAUAUUUGACUAAGUUUAAUUAUAAUGAGUGAAUCGUUUUAUAAUUAAUAAAUUAGUUUCUUCUU